AUGGUGGAUGCAAAACCUGUUUUCCAAGUUCUGCUUCAUCUGCUUUUCCUCUGCCUCCGUUCUGCAAAUGGGGUUCAGUCUUUCAAAGAGAAGAAGGUCCUCAAACUGCAAGAGUUUCGUUGGAGGCCGCAUGGUGGAACCAGAAGUACUGUUUGCCUCUCUCAGAAAUCAAGAAAAGAAAAAGGUGCAACCAUAUUGGAAAUCAAACACAGAGAUUACUGCUCAGGAAAGAUUGUGGACUGGAACAAAAAGCAACAGAAACGUUUAAUUUUCGAUGAUCUUCAUGUUCGGUCACUGCAAUCCCAAUUCAAAAACAGAGUCUCUGGCAGAAUAAAAGAUGCAUCAGAAGCUCAAAUUCCAUUAACUUCUGGUAUAAGGCUACAAACAUUAAACUACAUUGUGACUGUGGAAUUGGGAGGUAGAAAUAUGACAGUGAUUGUAGACACAGGCAGUGAUUUGACUUGGGUUCAAUGCCAACCUUGCAAAUUAUGUUACAAUCAACAAGAACCUCUUUUCAACUCAUCUGCAUCCCCUUCAUACAAAUCUGUUUUAUGCAAUUCAUCAACUUGCCAAUCACUCCAGUUUGAUACUGGGAAUUCUGGGGCGUGUGGGAGCAAUCCAACGAGCUGUAACUAUGUCGUUAACUAUGGUGAUGGCUCGUAUACGCGCGGUGAGCUAGGUAGUGACCAUCUCAGCCUUGGAGCUACACCUGUGAACAACUUUGUGUUUGGCUGUGGCAGGAACAAUAAGGGUCUGUUUGGAGGAGCUUCAGGUCUAAUGGGCUUGGGAAGGAGUGAGAGUGUUUCACUGGUUUCUCAAACUUCUGCCUUAUUUGGUGGUGUGUUUUCCUACUGUUUACCUACAACAGAAGCCACAGCUUCUGGUUCUUUAAUUAUGGGAGGUGAUGCUUCAAUUUACAAGAAUUCCACUCCGAUUUCUUACACUAGAAUUGUUCCAAAUCCAGAGCUGUCAUCCUUUUAUUUUCUCAACGUUACUGGUAUAAGUAUUGGGGGAGUGGCUUUACAAGCUCAAAGUUUUGCAAGUGGUGGGAUUCUGAUUGAUUCUGGGACAGUUAUUUCAAGGCUUGCUCCUUCAGUUUACGAGGCUGUCAAGGCAGAGUUUCUGAAACAGUUUUCGGGGUACCCUCCAGCACCAGGUUUUUCAAUCUUGGACACUUGCUUCAACCUCAGUGCAUAUCAAGAAGUGAGCAUUCCUACCUUAAAGUUUCACUUCGAGGGAAAUGCUGAGCUGAAUGUUGAUGUAACUGGAGUCUUUUAUCUGGUAAAAACUGAUGCAUCACAGAUCUGCUUGGCUCUUGCAAGCCUUUCGUACGAAGAUGAGAUCGGUAUUAUUGGGAACUAUCAGCAGAAAAACCAAAGGGUCAUAUACAAUACUAAAGACUCUAAGCUCGGAUUUGCAGAGGAAUCAUGCAGUUUUAUAUGA